AUGGUUCUCUUGAUUGGUACAAGGCAUGGUGGGUUCUUCGCGGUUCUUCGCAGUUUCACCCAGUGGCCCAGUGUGGACUUUGACGAGACAUUCAGUCCGGUCAUGAAGCCCGCCACUGUCCGGACUGUGCUGUCCUUGGCGCUCUCUUGUCGCUGGCUGAUCCAUCAGCUUGACGUUAAGAAUGUGUUUCUACAUGGAACUCUUUCAGAGACCAUCUACUAUGCACAGCCUAUUGGUUUUGAGGACUCUGCCCACCCGGACUUCGUCUGCCAUCUCAGCAAGUCCCUCUAUGGUCUGAAACAGGCACCCUGCACUUGGUAUAGUCGCUUUGCUGCCUAUAUUCAGUUUGUCGAUUUUGUGGAGGCCAAGUCAGAUACUUCUCUAUUCGUCUAUCACUGGGGCACUGAGACAGCUUAUCUCCUACUCUAUGUUGAUGACAUUGUGCUCACGGCCUCAUCACCUGUCCUGCUUCGUCAGAUUAUUCAGGCCUUGCAACAGGAGUUUUCUAUGAAGGAUCUCGGGCUUCUUCAUCACUUCCUGUGUAUGCGUGUUCAGCUAGUUGAUGGUGGUGGAUUUCUCCUAUCCCAGUGUCAGUACAUGGUUGACAUCUUGGAUCGUGCCGGCAUGGUUGAGUGCAAGCCCUGCUCCACUCCCGUCGACACUAAUCCUAAGGUUUCAACAUCCUCCGGUGCUCCGGUCACGAAUGCUUCGGAUUUUCGCAGUCUUGCUGGAGCCUUGCAGUAUCUAACUUUCACCAGACCUAAUAUUGCCUACUCUGUCCAACAAGUAUGUCUCCAUAUGCAUGAUCCUAGGGAGCCGCACCUUGCUUCCUUGAAGUGUAUCCUUCGCUACAUCUGCGGCACCCUUCAUCUUGGCCUGCUGUUGAGACCGUGUUCUGCUCAGGAUUCUCUGGUUGUCUACUCCGAUGUCGAUUGGGCAGGAUGUCCAGACACACGCAAGUCCACCUCCAGGUAUGAUGUCUUCCUUGGCGACAACAUCGUCUUCUGGUCCUCCAAGCGUCAACCAACUGUCUCCAGGUCCAUUGCAAAAGCGAAGUAUCGCACCGUGACCAACACCAUUGUCGAAGCCACCAGGCUGCGUCAGCUACUCCUGGAGCUCCAUGCCCCUCUUCGCCGCGCCUCAUUUGUUUAUUGUGACAACAUAAGCGCGGUCUACAUGUCCUCCAACCCGGUUCAGCAUUAA